UCUUUUAUAACUGAUUAUUUCUUUUUUCAUAAUUGUAUAUUUGUCUAUAUUUAUAAUUUUAAAUAAAAAUAAUAAUAAUUUUGUAAUAUUAUUAGCUACUGCGUUUGCAAAUGCAUUUAUUCCGCUUCUGCACUAAACAGUGUGUAAAUGCACUUUUCAUGCUAUAUAUGCAGCUUCAGGUGCAGUGCAGGUAAAAGUUUCCCGGUUUAAACAGUCAUGCGCUCUCACAGAUCUAGCAACAUCCAUGCUCACAAUAUGUCUUUAAAACACUUCUUACUCUUCGCCGGGUCCAACUGUCACCCAAACCGAUGAAAAUGCCCCUUCACUGCUCCACUGAGCACUUAUCUUCCUGCUAGCGACUCUAAUGUUCCACUAUGAGGAGCUUCCAUGUGACGUCGAGGCCGUCUAGCUUUGUGUGUCCAUAUAUGGUCAUCUACGUCACGCAGUUGUUCCGUCCUCCAGUUGAACAAGAAAGCGUUGGAGUUCCCUGCGCUCGCAACAGAGCGAGCAGUGCUACACUUGUGCAAUCACCUCCACCGCCACCAACACCAACAUCUCUCUCUGCUCAUCCAGAGACAAUAACACUUCACAGAAAUCAAACACAAAACUGUCGACAAUCAUCCUCGCGAGGAGACUUCAGCGCGUUGCUCGUCGCGCGCUCGGAUACAAUUUCAAAGGGAUUGAGAUCUCUUUCUGUCGCUUUUAGAGAGAUUUCAGAAGACUGGAGAUUGAUCGGGACGGAACACCUGUGCGUGCUCAUUAAUGACAGACUGAAUAACUGCUAUGACAGGUAAACUAGCGGACAAGAUCCCUAUUACCAUGAGCAGUUUAAUCAACACCAUCCCUGACAGUCUCUAUCCAGAAGAAGACAUUCCCACUUCUAUGAACAUUUUCACAAACCCGGAAUCUAUUUCGCACUACUCGCAGAUGAAUACAGAUAAUAUCAUGGACUUGGGGAUGGGCGGCGAGAAGGGCAGCGGAGAAGUUCAAUACGGCUCCGGUUUCCAGUCUGGUCGAAGUGGGCAAACCGUCACCUACUUGGGCAAGUUCGCAUUCGACACCCCUCCAUCCGGCAGCAUCGGAGGCUCCGGAUGGUGUCCCGACAACAACAUCAUCAGUCUGGUGAGUGCGGGAAUCCUGGGGGUGUCACCGUCACCAGGCAACAUCACCACUCAGACGUCUUCGUCAAGCGGCAGCAUGGGUGGCCAGUCGUCAGACAUGGAGCAAGUAUACGCACCACCCCUUCCUGCCUACUCGACCUGUGGCGAGAUAUACCCAGAACAGGUGACGUUCCACCACAGCCCGGCCACGUCCUCGUCUCUGCCUUACCCGAGCACCGACUACCACACCACCUCCAAACCGGGCAUGGACGGAAGUCUCUUUUCCAUGAUCCCAGACUACAACCUCUUCCAUCACCAGGGGGACGUAGGGGUGAUGGAGCAUAAACCCUUCCAAACCAUGGACCCUAUCAGAGUGAACCCACCUCCCAUAACUCCCCUCGAGACCAUUCGAGCCUUUAAGGAUAAGCAACAGAUCCAUCCCGGCUUUCUCGGUGGGCAACAGCACAUUUCCCAACACCAUCAACCCUCUCAGACACUCGCCCUCAAACCCAUUCGACCAAGAAAGUACCCUAACCGGCCGAGCAAAACUCCAGUGCACGAGCGACCGCACGCCUGUCCGGCGGAGAACUGCGACCGUCGCUUUUCGCGAUCAGACGAAUUGACGCGUCACCUGCGGAUCCACACGGGACACAAACCCUUCCAGUGCCGCAUCUGCAUGCGAUCCUUCAGUCGCAGCGACCAUCUAACCACGCACAUCCGCACGCACACCGGCGAGAAGCCCUUCUCUUGCGAGUUCUGCGGACGCAAGUUUGCGCGGAGCGAUGAGCGAAAGAGGCACGCCAAGGUGCACCUGAAACAGAAAGACAAGAAACCCACGGACAAGGGCAGUACCGCUGGGGCAGGGGGGAGCCACACCUCUCCUCCCAGCUCCUGUGGGAGCGCGGGACCCAGCAGUGCCAAUAUCAUGACCGUCACCACUUGUGCAUGAGAUGGACUUGCAAAGUAAGACUUUGAGGAGAAAAAAACGAAGGUUUCUUUCUCCUCUUAUAUACACACUUGACUCUUAUACUCGCUCCCUCUCACUAUAUCCAUCCGUUUCCUACGGUUUUCAUUGAUUGUGGUGGCAUUUUUCUGUAGCCACUAUUGUUUUAGGUCAAAUGAGUGGGGAGUAAGUGGACUCGUGUUGCAUGGAUGGGACGGAGAGGGCGUCAAAGACGACGGUUCAAGCAGUCAGGUCAAUCCACAGAAAGAGCACUUGCAGACGCAGCGCAGUCAUAAGGGUUCAACUCUCAGCUCUGGGGACCAGAGCAAUCUCUUGAGAUUUUAGUCUUUUCAUUUGUUUUGUUUUUUCCUUGUAUUUUGGUUUGUCAGUGAGUUGUCAGAUAAAAAGAGCACUUUCAUUUGCUUUAAUGUGUUGCAGUCUUUUUAAAUGAUUGUUAAUUAUUUAAUGUUUCAGUGUUGUUGUUGUUUUUCAACAGAAUGUGCCAAAUGCAUUUAAAUACAGCAGACAAUUAAAAAAAAUAAUAAUAAUAAUAUUGUUUGUAUUAACCUAAUAACUUUAUUUCAAAUGUGGAUUUGGGGAAAACCUACAAGCUCUGAAGGCUCAAGGAGACUGAGUUCAGGUGGACGUUAAAAGUCUGUUGCAUUAUGCAGUUGCGUUAUUUUACUAUUUCCAAAUCCCUUAUAUACACAAGUAAGGGAUGCAGAUGGCAUUUGUUAUCCGCAACGGACUUUCAGUGCAAUAAUAAACGAAAAACAACAACAACGACAAUAAAACACAGUCUGGCUCACUUUCGCAAGUAUAGUAAGGAUUGAAAUUAAGACACAGCUGUGGCCUUUACCUGUUUCGCUUCAUUUAGUGUGCAUAAGGGCCAAACCUGCAGUUCUGCAAAUCUACUUCUGGUGGAGUGAGAUACGGUGAUCCGAUCCAAACAUUUUGCCUUUCUGUUUUUGCAACCUGUAUCCCUGCAUGCAUCUAGUAUCACGUCUUUGCUAGUACUGAAAAGAUUGCAUCAGUCAUGACUGAAGACCCACAGCAAUAUGCAUCCAAUUCAAACCACGCAGAGUGUCAACAAGAGUUACUACUUUAAAAAUGACUAUUUUUAUGUGACAGUUGUCCUUUUGUUGUCCUAAUUGUCAUUGUUUUACUGGACAGUUGCGUUUCCUGCUUUCAUCAUCCAAUAAUUUUCAUCGGGUCCCUUUUUAUGCACAUUAUAUAUUCAGCACGCAUUUUAACACACAUGUACACACGGUUUUCAAAAACGAAAUCAGCCAAAAUUAUGGUAAUGCUUGCCUGCGAGCAUCACCACUGGGCAGGAUUGAUCUUAGGAGUCAUUGUUUUGCAUUUUUACCGGCUGAGGCCUGCCUGCUAUAUGCAUGCCAUUCAAGACGUUUUUGGAUGGGAACAGUUUCAACAUUUAUACUGCUCUCAGGGGCAGCACCGUAAUGUGGUAUAUCUCCACGGUUACUCAUAUCCGGAUCAUGCCUAGAGAUUCUGAAUAUUAAUGAUGAGAACGAGAGGGGAUUUUGUACAGAUAAUUAUACAAACAUAUUACUACAUGUUUUCUACUUGGAAUGUACAAAGCAAUGUCCUUCAGUAUUACAAUGUUUGUCCGUGCACGUGUGUGUGUGUGUGUGUGUGUGUGUGUGUGUGUGUGCGUACGUACGUGUGUGUAUGCUAAUGCAUAAGCAAACACCCGUAUACUUAGAUUUUACAUUGACUGAAUGUUGAAACAAAGGGUGUGUUUACAUUUUUGUUUUCUUUCUUUCUUCUGUUUUGGAGAUUGUGAUUGUGUACAUAGUGCAGAAUGUUUUUAAGUGUGUGUGCAUGUGUGUGUGUGUGUGUGUGUGUGUGUGUCUGUGUGUGCAAGAAAAAUCGACUAUUGACAGUGUCAAAUGUGAUGCAUUCUCCGGCAUUUCUUCAGUCUCAAAUAUUAUCUGUUAUUAGCGCAAUUUUGCAAAUGAUGACUGUUUAAUAAAUGAAUAAACAGUAAGAUUAUUUGGUGAAAAAAUCAAAGCAAAAACUUGUGUAUCUCAUUACCUUAUAAGCAAACUAUGCAUACAAAACACUACAGUAGUAUUUAACUAAUUUCAGAAUGUUGAGCUUUCAUUUAAAACCUACACUUUAAAGACUUAAAAUUGAAACAAUAAUUCAAAAUAGUUUUAACCAUAUGGUCCGUAACUCCCAUAUAUAAGCACUCCUCACUCCUGGCUUACAUUCCCAGAAAAAUUAAAUCAUCCACACUUUAUACCAUAUUUUUUGCAGGCUCUCGCCAUCUUGGGCAAACCACUUCUGCAACGUAUCUUCUGGCAGAAGUCCCUUUUUAUUUAUUUUUUUUCUGGUGGUGAGGUCAUGCAUUAAUAACUAAUAGAAUAGUGAUAUUUAAGACAAUUUUGAACAAUUAAAUAUAAAGAAAUAAUUUGACCAUUAAAAAUUAAUUCCCAAAAUGUGACAGUCCUUUAAUUAAAAAUGCAGCUCCUUAUAGGCAAUAUAGAAAAUGCUCAUCAGGUUAUAGCUCUAGCAGCCGAGUUAAAAUAAUAAAUGCAAUAUUUAUCUGGGGUGCAAAACGGAAAUGAUACAAACCAAAUAUUGAUCCAGAAACUCAUCUACAUACUGCUGAAAUCUGCCGAAAGCUAAACAGGCAUUCUGAAUGUAUACAUUGGCAUUAUUGUCUUGAAUUAUGCAUCGAUAUGCCCCUUAAUGUCAGAAUUGUGUACACAAGUAGGUUUGUACUUCUUAACCUCUCUCAAUGUAAAUGAAGAAGGGAAUAUUACAUAUUAGACUUCUGGGAGGAGAGUGUAAAUGUUGAGUUAUAACAGUUUCUGUAAUAUCGAGAUCUGUUCAAGGUCUCUCCUCAGCUUUUUUUUUUUCUUUAGAAAUAUCUUCAUUUCUGAAGCACGCAUGGUAUGAGAAGUAUUGUUUUUAAAAUAGGAAUACAUACAAAAACAGCUUCUGGCUUCAUUUUUUUUAUCUGUUAUUUUCUUUUUUCUUUCUUUCUGUGCCAAGGCACAUCAGAACGCAUGGCCAAACUGCAGCAGUAAAAAUAGCGAAGCAGUUCUCACAGAUCAGAUACGAUACCCGACGGAAUUGUGUGCAUGCAAUGUGUGCGUUUCUUCAGUUUGAAGACAACAUUUUACGUUAGGAUCUGGCGAAUGUGUUUAAGUGAUUCUAACGUAAAACACAGUAUCCGUCGUGACUCAGAUUUUAUUAGCAACAAGUAAAAGUCUUCCUCAUAAACUUCUGCGAAGCAACAAGCAAUCGUGACCUCUGGAAAACUUGUGCGUAUGUGCGUGUUUGUGUUUGAGCAUGCUUGCAUGCACCUGUAUAUCUGUGCUGAGUGCUUCCAUGUCCAUAUUUUCCAUUUUUGUAUGUGAGUCAAUUUCACUAGAAUAGCCAAAAAUAAACUGCUGUGACCCUGUGAGUACAGUAUCAGAGAAACUAGCUCAAUAUUAGCCCUCCCCACCUGUUAAAUCAAUUAUAUACAUGGUUGAAGUUUCAGUAUCAUUUGCAAUUAAUCAAGAACUUUGCGAGCCUUUUCACUCAGUGCAUUAGUAUAAUACGAAGUAGCCAGUUUUUGGGGCAAAUGGAUAUCGUGACAAGUCUCACAACUCAACUCCCCCCCCUCUUCAUGGUCUCAGCAUGACUGUUCACCGUCCGGCUUUGGAUCAGAGCCAGGAUGAACAGCCUUGUUUGUGCCAUACCGGGUUGCAGGCUUGGCUGCCAUGGAACAAUAUGCACAGAGGACAGCACAGAAAUGUAAAUGUGACCCUAGUCAGCUCUGAAGCAGGCCCUGUUUCACAACACUGAUUCACUGUUGUUUACCUGAUUAUUUUGCUCCCUGUAACCCUCUCAUUAUGGCCGGUCAUUAAAGACUGAGAGUAAACAUUCAGCAUCGGCCCAUGACGCUGUCCACUGCGCUAUACACGAUCAGUGACUCAUCUCCUCUACAAAAAAAAAAAAAAAAACAAGCGAAAGAAGAAAGUCAUCUUUCCUGAUGCUCAUCCGCUCUCAUAACGUUUCCGGUUUAUAGUGUGCAAAUAAAUACUUUGUUGUGUGGCCGAUAUUUUGGUAUCCGUAUUCUUUUUCUACAGGACUGUAUCUCUUACUGCAUGUCUUGCAUGUCUCUUAUCAGAUGGAGGCACUUAGAGUUGUUUGUGGUCACGUUUAUGCGUAUGAGGGACACAAGCGUGGGAUUUAGCUCACUAGAAGAAAGGAUGUUUUGAUACGUUUUUACCUCCUGUUACUUCCAUUGCCUUAUAGUAAGGCCCAGUGGUAAAAUCUCUUAAUUGUUCUCAAAAUGAAUUGAUGUUAUCCUUUUGUGGAGAGGAAAUGUUCACUUGGCUUCUCAUUUUGUUGUAAAUUAAAUGUUUUCCAGUUGAUGCGUACUUGAAUACACACCUGAAUAAAAUACAACAGAAUCCAUUGUGUCUUUUUGUGUGUG